UUCCGCCCUGGGUGAAUUUCCGAUAAUUGUAAUCGGUGUCGAAUUUAUAGAUUUCUGUUGUUGUUUUAUUGCAAGCUCAGGCAGGAACAAUUUUUAAGAACUGGAAAUUCAAGGAAACUUUUUGUAUGCUGGAAAGUUAACAAAGGAAGCCGUGAGCGGCCGAUGGCGGAGCAGAAUGGUGCUGCCGAGGUUCCGGCGGCCGGAGGAGCCAUCGGCGACUCCGCCGCUCCGCGAGACAGUCGCGGCAACCUCAACAAGGCGCCGCCCGCGCUCGAUAUCACAGCGGCCCAGCUGGCCGGCCAGACAGCCAUGGCUGUGGCGCUGUCGGCCGCCUCGGCACCGGAGGGCGAUGGUCCGCCCAGUCCCGGCUCGCCCUCCGACGCCAGACGCCAGUCCACACGGAAUAAGGCCGACAAACAGAAGCUGGGCCACCGACGCGUGCGAGAGGGAGAGGUCACGUAUAAAAAGAUUCAAACCACCACCAUCAUGGGGGCGAUCCAGUUGGGCAUCUCGUACGCGCUCGGCUCCGAGGCGUCCCGGCCGCGCCGAGACGUCCUCCUGAACGACUUCUACACGAUAGAGACGGUCACCUUUCCCAGUCAGGGCAGCCAGCACACGCCGGCCCACCACUACACGGAUUUCCGGUUCAAAAUAUACGCCACUAUCGGCUUCAAGUACUUCCGAACUCUGUUCGGAAUCAGGCCCGACGACUUUCUGGUUUCAAUGUGCAACGAACCCCUGCGCGAGCUGGCCAACGCCGGCGCGUCGGGCAGCAUCUUCUACCUGACACUGGACGACGAGUUCAUUGUGAAGACGGUGCAGCACAAGGAGGGCGAGCUGCUGCUCAAGCUGCUGCCCGCCUACUUCAUGAACCUCAACCAGAACCCGCGAACGUUGCUACCAAAGUUCUUCGGCCUGUACUGCUAUCAGUGCAACUCGAAGAACAUUCGCCUGGUGGUCAUGAACAACUUGCUGCCGUCAUCUAUCAAAAUGCACCAGCGCUAUGACUUGAAGGGCUCCACAUACAAACGAAAGGCCAACAAACAUGAGCGAGCCAAGAGCUCUCCGACGUUCAAGGACUUGGACUUUAUGGAGCACCAUCCCGAGGGUCUGAUGCUGGAGGCAACCACGUACACUGCGCUGAUGCACACCAUGCAGAACGACGUCCGGGUGCUGGAGAGUUUCCAGAUCAUGGACUACAGUUUGCUGGUGGGCGUUCACAACCUGGAUAUCGCUGCCAAAGAGCGGACACAGGCUGAGUCUGCGGAGCCGGACGGUGACGCGGCCGACGGCCCGAGCCUGAGUCGGUCGCGGAGUAUCAACCGCCACCGUCUGGUGGCUCACAGCACGGCGAUGGAGAGCAUCCAGGCCGAGUCUGAGCCGAUCGACGACCAGCAGGACGUGCCACCGGGAGGCAUCCCUGCGCGAAACUCGCGCGGCGAGCGGCUGCUGCUCUUCCUGGGAAUCAUAGACAUCCUGCAGUCGUACCGGAUGAAGAAGCGGCUCGAGCACACGUUCAAGUCGAUGGUGCACGACGGUAACACCAUCUCCGUCCACCGACCCGACUUCUACGCCAAACGCUUCACCGACUUCAUGGGCAAGACGGUGUUCCAGAAGAUACCCUCGCUGGACGGCAUUCAGGGCAACCACCGCAAGUUCCGCACUCUCGUGUCCAGUUACAUGGCGCUGCGGCACUCGCCUUCCAAGCGGAAAGGUCAGUCGCUGCGGAUGCGAGCACUAGACAACGAGCGCAAAGAGUCGUCAGAAGUUCCGGCCGAGGGACGGGCCCGGCAGCCCGGCAGGCCAGCCGUCGGCAGACAGCCCUCGACGACCACCAGCGACGCAAAGCCAGUGUCCGGCGGUGGGGUGCCGCUGCAGCAGCAGCUGAGUGUGGCCAGCAGCGUCAGCCAGCCGGAGACCACCUCGUCUCGACACGUCACCCAGGUCACCAUCAGUGGCUCGACCGCAGACGGAGACAAGGGAGACUCCAUCAGGCUGGUCGGCUAUAAGCGCCAUCUGGCUCGGUUUCCUUCUGUUCUGCGAACCCCGGAGCUAAGUGCCCCCAAUAUGCGCCGGCGCGCAGAGGAGGCGGUCCGUGCGGGUACCAGCGUCUCCGACAUCCACCUGGACGCGCGGAACGACUCACGUUCGUCUCUGAGCGUGGACUCGGGUCCGGCGGCCGGCGGCGGCGGCGGCGCGGCCGGCGGCCCGCUGCGGCACGUCACCUGGACACCGCCCAUGUCUGUGGAAGGCAGCACUCCCACCUGGACAGAGGGCACGCCGAGCUUCACCGAGAGCUCCAGCAGCGGAGAUAUUGGCUGUCCGACGACGCCGGUGAAGAGCCUGCACGCCAGUCGUGACAGCGGCGUCAACACCAUGCCGUACACAAAGCUGAACAACGCUGAGAGCGGCCGGCCGGCCGGCGGCGGCUACACAGAAACGGAGAUGGGCCCGGUGACGGCGGCGACCGACUCGGUCUGUAUCCACGUGAGCGGCCCGGACGGACGGUCCUGAGCGGCGCUCAGUUCACCGGCACCAGAGCGACAGCACAGCGCCGCGCGGCGGCCCGUCUUCCACACACGAGCACACGUACCGAAGGGGCUUCGCUGGGAUCGGGUUCGGAGCGUCCGACCUGCCGAUCGACCGGUCCUGUGGUAAUAUCGAGCGGACUCCACAGGCCGGUCAGACGGAGAUUGGCCAAAGAGAAUGUUCGAACUUCCCAAUCGGACGGAGUCGCAAUCUCGGUACCAGAGAUGGCAACUCUGACAUAUGACAGCGCAGCGAAGGGUGGUGUGUGUGCUGUACGUGAUUUCAUGCAUUUUACCGGAGCCGUCGUAUCCCGUGAUAGAACCGCGCAGUCCUGCUUUGUUGGUGGUGUUGGACGAAGGGAUUCCACGCUAGCUAACGUGGUUUGCAGUGGGUCCUGUCCCGACAGCUAUGCCGUAACAUACGACUCAUUGACUGAGCCCAUCCCCUCACACCCCCUGAGCAUACUUCUAACGAAGCUCUCUCCGAGUGGAGCGGUGCUGAACCCCUGAACGGUCCCAGUAGCGAGAACCGCAGGCAUAGGAGCUUAAGGACCGAUAAGACAUAAGUCGGCAUCAUCCGGCCGGCUAUGGGUAUCGCUCCCGUCCCAGUCCCGGCUGUAGCUGCCGAUAGGGCGACGUUGGCCGAGCGAUGAGCCUAGGAAAGGUACCUGUGAUGUGACGAGUGUGGGCGGGGCAGUACUGGAAGCCCCCAGUGUUAGACGGAGACGACUUCCGCUGUAUAAAUGUAUGUAUUGGUUGGUGUGUGAGCGAGGCCGCACUUUGUUAUUCCAAUAGACUGUCGGUUGCCCAGUUCUGGCCGGCCGGGAGCUGACGCGAUGUUAGUGAUCACAGACAUACAGAGGGGGGAGACUUGUGCACAUAUAGAGAGAUCGAUUUAGCGUCGUGGCCCAGACGCCGAGUGUGCUGUUUACAGUGACCGUAUUUAUACUUUGGGGCGGGCUGUCGCCGCUGGGACGAACCGCUGGGCGGAGGUCCUGCCCGCACACCCAGGGGAGUGUUGUAGCGUUAGCCGUCUGCGGGACCUGACGCCUCGAGACCCGAGAGAAGUCUGGAAAAUUCCGGAGAUGAGCCGGAUACUGGCGUCCCGAAUCGACUUGCUUGGGGCUCGUAUGUAUAGCUUACGCAUAAUAAAGCUAACGCGCUCUGUG